ACCACCCUCUCCCUCCCCACGCCCUCGUGUGCGUGUAUCGGCGGAGCGGAAACUGAGCAGAUGCACUUUUUCCAGUCAUUUUAAACUCCGCAAUGUGGUGCUCCAAUGCGAUUCACGCUCUGCGCAGAGCCAAACUGAUCCGCACCGAUCAGUUUGCGCCGAAAAGACUGCGAUCGACUGGAGCAUCACACCGGCCGCAGGAGAAAGUUGACGAGAGGCAGACGGUGUGUCCGCUUGUUGAGAAGACGUGUACGGUGGACUUGAUGAGCCACGAGAAAAGACACGUUUAUAACCAUGACCAGAAGAUCUUUAUCGAUUUUGGGAACACGCAAGAGGCGUACAAGAGCAAAGACACGCUCGAGCUGCUGCGAAGUUUGCUCGUGUUUAAACUCUGUACGUUUGACUUCCUCGUGGAAAAGAACAAGGAGUUAAUGGACUUAAGUAGGAGAAUCUUGGGCCAGCGUCUAUUCGAAAAGUUGAUGAAGAUGACAUUUUAUGGGCAGUUUGUGGCAGGGGAGGACCAGGAUUCUAUUAAGCCCUUGGUGCAGAAGAACCAGGCUUUUGGUGUCGGCUCGGUUCUGGACUACAGCGUCGAGGAAGACCUCACACAGGAAGAGGCUGAGAAAAAGGAGAUGGAGUCAAGCUCAGUGAUGCGUAGUGAGCUGGGAAAUCACACACUUUCUUGUGUCUCUCAAGCUGAAAAGGAAAGCCAUGGUACUGACCAUCGUGAGAAGAAGUUCAAAGCCCAUCGUCAGUUUGGGGAUCGGCGUGGUGGUGUGAUCAGUGCCCGUACGUACUUCUACGCUGACGAGGCCAAGUGUGAUGAUCACAUGGAAACCUUCAUCAAAUGCAUCAAAGCAUCUGCUGGCAGCUCUGUGGAUGGAUUUUCAGCCAUUAAGAUGACAGCUUUGGGUCGACCUCAGUUUUUGCUGCAGUUCUCUGAGGUGCUCAUAAAAUGGAGGGGUUUUUUCAGUUUGCUGGCUGCGCAGCAGGGGAAGGAUGGAAUGGCUGUGCUGGAGCAGAAACUUGAGCUUGAGCAGUUACAGGAUACUUUGGCUAAGCUGGGUGUGGCAUCAAAGAAAGACAUUGAAAACUGGCUAACUGGGGAGAAGCUGGGUUCAUCUGGGACUAUAGACUUGUUGGACUGGAAUAGCCUCAUCAAUGACAGAACAAAGAUUUCCAACCUGCUUGUAGUGCCCAAUGUGGAGACUGGUCAUCUGGAGCCUCUACUGUCCCGGUUUACUGAUGAAGAAGAGCGACAGAUGAAGAGGAUGCUCCAGAGAAUGGACACACUAGCCAAGCAUGCCAAUGAGAAUGGGGUGAGGCUGAUGGUGGAUGCCGAGCAGACUUAUUUCCAGCCAGCAAUCAGCAGACUGACUCUAGAGAUGCAGAGGAUCUUCAACCUGCAACGCCCCAUCAUUUUUAACACUUACCAGUGUUAUCUUAAAGAGGCUUAUGAUAACGUGACUAUGGAUGUGGAGCUAUCACGACGGGAAGCCUGGUAUUUCGGAGCAAAACUGGUUCGUGGGGCUUACAUGCACCAGGAGAGACAAAGAGCAGCUGAGAUUGGAUACAAUGAUCCAAUUAACCCUGACUACGAGUCCACAAACAGAAUGUACCACAGGUGUUUGGAGUAUGUCCUGGAGGAGAUCUACCACCACAGGAUGGCCAAUGUCAUGGUGGCAUCGCACAAUGAAGACACAGUUAAAUUCACGCUGGAAAAGAUGAAUGAGAUGGGAAUUUCUCCCAGGGAAAACAAGGUCUAUUUUGGCCAGUUGCUUGGAAUGUGUGACCAGAUCAGUUUCCCUCUAGGUCAGGCCGGAUUUCCUGUGUAUAAGUAUGUGCCCUAUGGCCCAGUGAAUGAGGUGGUCCCGUACCUGUCUCGCAGAGCUCAGGAAAAUCGUAGCAUCAUGAAGGGCUCCCAAAGAGAGCGACGCCUGCUGUGGAAAGAAAUCAAGCGUAGACUGCUUACUGGGCAACUGCUCUACAAGCCGGUUUACUGAAUCUCUAGUUCCACUUUUUUCCUCACCGCCUCUUGUCCUAAAGCAUAUCUUUAUUGAUAAAUACACAGACAGGCACACAUGCAUACAUUUACUCCGUCUCAAGACGUAACAAGUUACAGGUAAGAUUUUCCAUUGCUGUUGCCAUUGAUGGAACUUGGCCAUAGUUUAACCUUUUUUUUGUUAGUGAAUCACAUCACAUUUUAGCCUACAGUGUCUGCUGCUAUAAAUCCUAUCAAGGUUUUAUAAGGUACAAUUGUGCUUACAGUUGUUAAACAGAGAAGAUUUUCUGUAACAAAGGAUUAUGAUGAUUUUAUAACUCAACUAUAGAAUAAAUAUUGAAAUUAGAUGUGCAAUAUUUUACUGGGAGCAGCUGGUUUAAAAGACGAUUUGUUUCAUCAGUGAUCAGUUGCAGGCAAGAAAAGUUCAGUAAUAUACAUGUCUGUGUAUUUUCCUAUUCUUACUCUGCAGUGUGAGGGGGAAAAAAGGUCUUGUUGAAUUACUCAGACAUCACCUACUGCUGUACUGAAGUCAUUGGCAAACUCCUUUUUAUUUGUUAAGAAAAGUGUAAAAUAGAUGCUAAUGCUGAAUAUUAGUACAUUGCUUUCAAAGCACACACAUAAUUGUUUGGUAGUGGGUUUGUUAAAAAAUUCCACAAGUAUAAUCUUGGCAGAGGUAAAAGGCACCAAAGCAUCUAUACACUCAGACAUGCAAAAUGACUCUGUGUGCUAAUUGAAAAAGCGUUGUUAUUAUUCUACCUACAGAAAGUAUUGCAUA